GUUAGCACCAUGGAGACUGUAUACGUCUCCAUGGUUAGUACUAACUAAUAUUGCUGAAGAUAGGUAAGCUUCAGAGUAUAUGAAAACUAUAUAUAUACUUUCUGUAUGCUGCUAGCGGUAUGACAACAGAGAAGUCUUCAAUUUUAUACCGUAUAUCGCACAAUAAAGUGGUGUAAUCAGCAAUUUACGAAAAUUUAAAUAAAUGUUAUGCAUGGAGUUGGUUUAUAUGAAUAAAUAAAUUCAUUGUUUAAAAUACCGAAUAACAAUGACUGAAGAAAAGGCUCCAGUUCAAGAGGUUAAAUUGGAUCCCGACUCUGAACUACGAUUUGAAAUAGAAGGGAAAAAUGAAAAAGUUACCUUGGAGUUGAAAAGUGGUUUAGCCGAAGUUUUUGGAACUGAACUGGUCAAAGGAAAAAAGUAUGAAUUUACAUGUGGUGCUAAGGUAGCUGUAUUUACCUGGCAAGGUUGUGUAGUGGAAUUAGUGGGAAAAACAGAAAGUAGUUAUACAGCCAGAGAAACUCCAAUGAGCUUAUAUUUGAAUUGCCAUGCAGCCAUGGAAAGAAUGAGAGAAGUGGCAGAAAAAGAAGAUUCAAGAGGCCCAAUUGUAAUGGUUGUAGGACCAUGUGAUGUUGGAAAAUCAACCUUGUGCAGACUAUUAUUAAAUUAUGCAGUAAGAAUGGGUAGAAGACCAAUUUAUGUUGACUUGGAUGUAGGGCAAGGGCAUAUUGCACUACCUGGAACUGUUGGAGCACUACUUGUUGAAAGACCAUCAAAUGUUGUUGAUGGAUUUAGCCAACAAGCACCUUUAGUUUUCCAUUUUGGUUACAAAACACCAACUACAAAUGCCGUUCUCUACAACGUUCUUGUAACAAGAUUAGCUGAAGUUUGCUCAGACAGAUUACAAGCAAAUAAAAAAGCUAAAGUUUCAGGUAUUGUUAUCAAUACAUGUGGCUGGAUCAAAGGUGGUGGAUACAAAAUGUUAACCCAUGCAGCUCAAGCAUUUGAAGUUGAUACUAUUUUAGUUUUGGAUCAAGAACGGUUGUAUAAUGAAUUAGUUAGGGACAUGCCAGAAUUCGUCAAAGUUGUAUUCUUACCAAAAAGUGGAGGUGUGGUAGAGAGAAGUGCAACUCAAAGAAUUGAAGCUCGUGAUCAAUCUGUUAGGGAGUACUUUUAUGGUUCUAGAACACCUCUCUAUCCUCAUAGUUUUGAAAUAAAAUGGAGUGAAGCUAAACUUUUUAAAAUUGGAGCACCAAUAUUACCAUCAUCAUGCAUGCCUCUGGGUAUGAAGGCAGAAGAUAAUUUGAAGAAAUUAGUUGCAGUUACUCCUGGACCAUGUCUACUUCAUCAUAUUUUGUCUGUGUCAUUUGCUGAUUCACCAGAAGAUGAUGUUGUACAGACAAAUGUUGCUGGAUUUGUCUGUGUAACAAAUGUCGAUGUCGAACGUCAAACAUUCACAAUAUUGAGUCCACAACCCAGGCCACUGCCAAAUCACAUCUUACUUUUAAGCGAAGUUCAGUUUAUGGAUACACAUUGAUGAAACAGGCAGUCAAAUACUACAGUUUUAAUUGAAAUACCAUUUGUAAAUGUGAUUGAAAGAUACAUAUUUAAAUUGUAAUAAUGUGAAUGUAAAUAUAAAACUAUGUGUUGAUAUAUUAUUACCUAA